AACAUGGGAAACAGAGAAGUGGCAAAGUCGAUACAUGAUACAUCAGUCAGCGUUCAUCGGCCAAACUUGGACAAAGCCUGGUGUGUUCCAUUGUUGGCCUCGAUUUCGACCUUCCUAUUGACAAUGCCUUUCACCUGCUUUGGUCUCCUCUUCGUGAUCAUCGAGGAGAAGUUCGGGACCACACGGGAAGAGACGUCUUGGAUAGAAAGUGUGUUCAUUAUGUGCAGCAACCUAUCAGCACUCGCAAUAGCUUUUCUUCAGCUGCGCUUCACACUCUCCCACAUUGCGCUGUUGGCCGCCGUCAUGACCUGCACAGCUGUUAUUGCGUCUGCAUUCGCUCCUAACGUGAUUUGGAUGAGCAUCGUUUUCGGUGGUGCUUAUGGUUUUGCAGUCAAGCUAUUCGUGGCAGCCGUUUCAAUCUACACGAUGCUGUACUUCGACAAGUACCGGGCGACAGCGCAGUCCUUCAUCAGCUCCUCUCAAGGCGCAGCUGGCAUGGCGGGCCAAUCUCUGCUGUUGUGGCUCGAGAAGAGCUACGGCUUCGCAGGAGCGUUGGUCGUACUCGGAGGGAUACUCCUGCACGCUGUACCACUCACCAUGCUUCUGAACGAACCCCGCGGGAUAGGAUUUACUUGCUUCCGAAGAAGGAAGUCGUCAGCGUUUGACGGCAACAUCGUCGUUACCCCUGCGAUCUCUCGUUCAAGCAAAUCUGCGCUUUUAAAGUCGGCACAGCAGCGGAAGUUCUCAGAAGUACAAGGCAGCGCGGAACAGAAGCUUGCCUUUGGAGUUGUAAAUAAUAAUUCUAUUACAAGGGAAAAAGCAUUCUCUUCUGAAGUUACUUGUGCAGAAGCAAAAUCAUCAUCUGAGGGUGCAAUGUUGCAAGAAUCUAGUGCAAAAAAUUCUCCGAGCAAUUUCUCAAUAACUCGAAGCGAAAGUUUGUUCCCUUUGAAAACAGCGCCCAAAACUCCACUAUCAAAUUUAGGACCAAAAUUAAACACUUCACCAAAUCGGAUGGUUGCGCCAAAACAAAGCUGUUCCUUAAAAAUUGCGCUUUCAUUGUUUAAAGAACCAGCAUUUUACGUUUUACUCGUAGGAUUUGUAGUUGGAGAUUACACUGAAAUUGUGUUCCUCGCCACGGCCGUCGAAUACGCUCAGGAUAAGUCAGUAAGCGUCCAGAAAAGCGAACAGCUAGUCACUCUGUGGUUUCUAGGACAGUUUCUCGGCAGUGGCCUUUUACCGCUGUUAGCCGACUGCGUGGGGCACAGCCGUUCAAUUUUCUAUGUGGUCACUUUCGCCCUUUCCUCCGUCUCUCUGGUGGUGCUGCCUCAUGUGAUGGACAUUCCGAGCCUUUCCGUUGUCCUGCCGAUACACGGCAUGGCAAUGGGCUUCAUCAGGUGCGUCAAGUGCGUAGUUAUAGCCGAUCAAGUUGGCCCUGAACGGACGGCAGCUUGUUGGGGCAUCAGCGGGCUGGCGAUAAUCCCCUUAUCUUUGGCCAACCCAAUGAUCAUUGGUUUCUUUCGGGAUUCGGGAGGUUCGUACGACAACUUCUACAGGAUGCUUGGUGGGAUCAACUUCUUCGUGAUGGUUCAGCUUGCUGUCUUCCUUGUCUGCAGCAAAAAGGAGAAUAACGCAACUGUAACGGCGGUCAUUUGCACAACUAGCACCGUCAUACACGAGGAAAAAGCGUGGCCACUUCCUCUGGUGCCCUGAUUCUGAAGCGCACUUGUGUUGGGCUUGUAGGGGUAUUUUAGGAAUAAGUACGGUACUUUUUUAGUACCUUGAGGUUCUCCUUCUCGCAUAAAGUCUCCAGAUCAUGUGCAUAGGAAAAGAUUGUUCAUGGGAAUGCGUGCAGAGCUCUCAAUUUCUACUUACUCAAUAUUCAAGAGAAAGCACGAGCGCAUAGUCUCGGUCAGUUGUACGUCUAAGCAUAAAAACUUGGUGUGGCAGCUCCAAUUCAGUACAGCAAUAUAGAGGAGUGCAUCUAGGACGACACAGCGUGGCUAUUCAGUUCAAAA